GGAGUAACCGUAGAGGAUUAAUUAAUUGUGAAAGGAAGAAUGGAAGGGAGAAGGAGCUAAGAAAGGAGAGACGGAGUCAACGAGUAUAGACUUUGACCUCUAGAAGAAGCUAGUUAAAAAGAGGAGAGGAUGAAGAGGAAGAAGAAGAAGAAGAAGAAGCGAAGGGAGCAGUGUCGUGCUGAAAUAAUUAUCUGUAAAUCAAUUGAUUAUGAGUAAUCAGAGGGUAAUAAGGGAGCAGUGUCGUGCUGAAAUAAUUAUCUGUAAAUCAAUUGAUUAUGAGUAAUCAGAGGGUAAUAAGGGAGCAGUGUCGUGCUGAAAUAAUUAUCUGUAAAUCAAUUGAUUAUGAGUAAUCAGAGGGUAAUAAGGGAGCAGUGUCGUGCUGAAAUAAUUAUCUGUAAAUCAAUUGAUUAUGAGUAAUCAGAGGGUAAUAAAUCUUCUUCUUCUUCUUCUUCUUCGUGGGUUGAUGAUGAGUGUUAUAAUGGGAAAAGGAUGCGAUGGUUGGGUUUCUGAGUUACCUCGGAAAUUAAUGACAAGAGAAUCUCCAGAGAGCUCUCCGAUUCCCGCACCAUUUAAAUAUUACAAUGAAACGAAGGAGAGGUGUUCCGAUCCGAUAGUUAAAAGGGGAUGUCGGGACUUGACUAAUAACCUCACUGCUUGCCUUCUUUCGUCAAAUACCUCAUCCAGGGAACUGUUUCUGCUUGUCCAGAAUGAUGGAGAGGGCAUCUUGAAAGUGAGUCUUACAAUCACAGAUAUUGAUGUUACUUUCCCGGAGAUGCAACUAUCCAAACACGACGCCAAAAAGAUUGAUGUCUCAGAAAAGGUUGAAGGAAGUCCGUCCAUCAUAUUAAAAACAGGAAAUGGUUCGUGCAUCAUUGAAAUGGGAUCAAAGAAACUAAAAGUCAAAUAUGAGCUGUUCUUUGGACAUGGCACCUAUUUAUCCCCUAAAAACGGAGCCUACUUGUUUUUGAUAGCUUUGAUUGCUGGAGGGGCAUGUGCCUGCUGCUGGUUUCUGAAAAGCUCGCAUGUUGAUGGAGUCCCAUAUCAGGAACUUGAAAUGGAGCAGCCAGACUCCCAUUCAGCUAAUAAUGUGGAAACAACUGAAGGGUGGGAUGAAGGGUGGGAUGAUGACUGGGAUGAAAUAAAGGAGGUGAAACAGCCAAAUGGACAUCAAACAGCAAAUGUUUUAUCAGAUGUCAUCGCUUCCAGGAACUCUGAUGCAGAAGAAGGGCGCAAAGAUUGGGUUGAUUAGGGAAACAAUACAGGUAUAGCUUUUCCAUUGUCCAUGAAAAUGGAAAAAAGAAACACGACAGAGACGCUACAUGUAGAAAAGUCAGGAAGUCAAAAUUUAGUGUUCAAGAUAAGUGCUUGAGCUAAUGUGGAAGCAGAUUGAAAAUUAGAUAAAUGAAAAACAGUUUUGGUACAUGAAACGAAUUUGUUGAUAUUUUAUUUUAAUACACUAGGAAAUAUUUUUUUUUUCUUGA